AUGGCUAUUCCAUCCCUUUUAAGUUGUAAAAGUAAUAACAGUUCUUCUGAAGACAAGACAGAAAAAUGCACACAUAAAUUGUACGAAUUAAAGAAUGAAUAUAUUUUUGUUUAUCGAUGUAAUAUAUGUUUAUUAUUAUUUACAUGUGUAUAUACAUUUGCAGAACAUAUUAUUUCAGAAAACCAUAGAAUUAAACAAUUGGAUGCUUUAAAGAAGGAUAAAUAUUUCAACUGUUUAAGAUGUAAAUAUAUUUGUUUGAGUGUUGUUAAAAUGAUUAAGCAUAUUGAAUUAUAUAAUCAUGGUCAUAAUAUUUUGAAAAAAAUAAAAAAAAAAAUUCUUUACACCGGAAAAGCUAGCUGUGCAUGUAAAAUGAAAUGCUAUUUUUUUUAUUCUCAAAAUAAAAACUUAACAAACAUAGAGAGGUGCACAUUAUAUAAUGAAAAUAAUAUAAAACAAUAUGGAAUAAAUGAUGAAGAUAAAUAUAUUAACCAUGAUAUAAAUAUAGAAGAAAAAGUGCAUAAUAUGAAGAAUGAAGAGAAAGAAACAAUAAAGAAAAAUUGUAAUAAAAUAUAUAAUGAUGAUGGUAAGGGUGAUUAUGAUAAUACAUUUUUGAUUUAUCAAACCAAUAUUGAUUAUUCGAACAAUGGUAACAAUAAUUACAAUAAUAAUAAUAAUAAUAAUAAUAAUUACAAUAAUAAUAAUUAUUAUAAUAAUGAUUAUAUGUUACCAAAUAAAUAUUUAUCCUUAAAUAAUAUACAAAAUAAAGAAUGUAUUAAAAAAUAUUCCUUACCAAUAAAUGUUCAGAAAAAUCAUGUAGCUACAAAGAAUUAUAUGAAUUUCCAACAUUAUCAUAGUGAUAAUCAAGAAUAUAAUUCAGAUCCCUAUAAUAUAGAAAAUAUAAAUAAUAUUCACACCAAUGUUCUAUUCAAAAAUGAACAAACAACUGAAAAUGAAACACAAAAAGAACAUAUGAAGAAUAUUCUUUAUGAUCAGAAUGAAAAUCAAAAAAAAAAUUUAUUUAUACACAUGCAUGAAAAUAAUUACAAUAUAGAUGAUGAUAUAAUAUCAAAGAAUAGUAAAUCAUAUAUACAAAAAGAUUUUCUAUCCACUAAUGAAAAAAGAAAUAAUUCUAUACAAUAUGGAAUAGAUCAUUUUGAUUUUAACAUGAAUAAAAGAAAUACAUAUCCUACAGAUGUAGCUAGCCAUUCAUUAAUAAAAAACUUAAUUCCGAAUAUUAACACCUCAUAUUCAUCUAAUAUAAAUAAUAAAAUUAAUGAGGUUGAAAUGAAUCAUAAUAUAAAUAAUCUUCAUAAUAAUAUCACAUUUAAUAAUAGUAUGAAUAACUAUACAUACUGUAAUAAUGUGCUUCUCGAGGAAACAGCUGAUGAAGAAAAUAAAGAAGAACAAAAUAUAUCAUAUGAUUUAAACAAGAGUGAUUAUAUUUUUUAUAAUUUAAUAAAUGAAGAGAAUAAUAUAAAUAAUGUAAAUCAUAUAAAUCAUAUAAAUAAUACAUAUCAGAAAUAUCAAAAUAACAAACGUGAAGAUAAUUCCCUCUGCAUUUAUAAUGAUGAUAUUGAAAAAAAUACAUUCUCUGAAAAUAACCAUACAUAUUUUGAUGCAAUUUUUAAUUCAUAUUUUCUUAAAGAUAUUCUACCUAAUGGGGAUGAUAAAGAUGAUAAUUCUGUUGAUGCUGAAAAUUAUAAAAUAAAAAAUGAUGAGGAAGAAAUAAAACAGUUUAUACCCAUAAAUUUAAAUCCAUGUACUUAUCAGAACGAGACUAAUAUAUUAUUGAAAUUACCACAUGAAGAAGGAAACAAUAUUGAAGAGGUGGUUGAACAUGCGAACAAAAAUGAUGAUGAUGAAAAUGAUAAUAAUGAACAUCCAUGUUAUAAUAAUAUAGAACAAGAAAUACUGAUUAACAUGAAUAAAUCUUUUUUUAAAGGCUUAAAUGAAAAUACAGAAGAAGACGUAACAAAUUUACACAGAAAAAAAGGUUCUGAUAUUUUGAGUGAAGAAACAAAUAAAGAAGAGGAUAUAGUAGAAAAUAUUUAUAUGAAAAAUAUAAAUAUAUGUAAUAAUAUAUUAAAUAAUAAGAAUGAGGAGAAUAAUAUGCAAGAUAUAUCAAAUAUUUCAAGCAUCUGUGAUAAAAGUCAAAAUGAUAUUUUAUCAUCUUUACGUAUUAUAAAAAAUGAGAAAGAAAAAAAUAAAUACAAUAUAUUGAAUGAAAAUAAUAAUGAUUAUUAUUUGAAUAAAAUAGGACAAGAUGUAAAUAAUUUUUUAAAUAUAUUAUUUGAUAAAAAAAAUGAAAUGAUAAAUAAGAACAGUGUAAAAAAUAGUAUGUAUAGUUCAGACAAUAAAUUGAAUAUAUCACACAACAAUAAUAAUAAUAAUAAUAAUAAUCAUCUUUUUUGUAAUGAGGAUAUUCAAUAUGUGCCCAUCUAUAAUAACUCUCAUUUAUCAAAUGAAAAAAAUGAUUUAUCUUAUGAUUUAAAUUUACCUUAUGAUUUAAAUUUACCUUAUGAUUUAAAUUUACCUUAUGAUUUAAAUUUACCUUAUGAUUUAAAUUUACCUUAUGAUUUAAAUUUACCUUAUGAUUUAAAUUUAUCUUGUGAUUUAAAUUUAUCUCCUUUAUCAAACAGUAACAUGAAUAAAAAUUUGUUAUAUCAUGAAAAAAAUAUUAAAUUUCUUAAUAAUAAUAGAAACUUUAUAAACACACAAGAAGAUAUAAAUCAUAACGAUGUAGAAGGAAAAAAAGAAAAACAUUCUUUCUAUAUGGUACCACAUAACAUUUCUCAUAUAGAUAAAAAGGUAGAUGAAAAUAAUGGAUAUAUAAUAUCACACGAGCAAAAUUAUAAUAUGAUUUCCAAAAAAAAUGUUUAUAACAACUUAUAUAAUGUAAAUACAGAUAAUCAGAAACAAAAACAAGUAACAAUAACAGAUCAAGGUGAUAAUACGAAUAUUCAUAGGUCUAACGCAUAUACAGAGGCAAAUAAAAAGAGAAUAUUAUUUGUUAAUGAAAUAAAUGAAAUAAAAAAAACAAUUCAAAAAGAAACUAUGAACAGUAGUAAUGCAAAUAAUAUAUAUUUCAAUAAUAAUAAUAUUAAUAGUAAUAAUGUUGAAAAUAUUAUAAAUAUGAAUCCAUUGCUAUAUUAUGGUAAAGAAAAAAUAUUAUAUAAAGGAAAAUUUAAAAAAUAUGAUUCUACCCCUACUAUUCCUAAUAAUAAUAAUAAUAAUAAUUUAUAUGAUAUUAGGAUGGUGCCAAAAAGUAAUACAGAUACGUAUGCUGCUAACAUAAAAAAAUGCAUAUAA